UUUUCUUCCAAUAAUAAUUGCAAAUUGAUGCUGUAGUAUUUCACAUACAUGAUUUAAACACAUGUAGAGGGAACCAUUAACAGAAAAGCCUACAAGUACUACUGAAUUGAACACAAGGUGGAUUGUGAAGAAAAUACAACAGCUUUGUUUUACUUCUCAGAUAACCAGACUAAGAUCAUUUUCCAUACAUAUACUGAAGUUGCAGAAUGAAACUCGAUUGCAUAAGAAAAAUUCAUUGCUACUUUUUCAAAAAAUUAGGACGAACUGUUGGUCGAUAUCCAUACUAUUUUAUCCUUUUACCCGUAAUUCUGUCCACAACUCUUACGAUAUUUGUCAAGGAAUUGCCAUCCAUUAAGACUGAAAUAACACCGGAUUCAGGAAAGCGUUUUAGCAUAAAGCAGUUUGUAGAAAAUACUUUUUCGUAUAAUUCGUCUCAACUUUCUGAUCAGAUAAGAGUUCCUGACGUUCCCAAUUGUCUGUUAAUACACCUGAUGAAGAAAGAUAAAGGAAACAUGUUUGAAAAAAACGUUCUCUCAGAAGUGAAAUUGGUCGAUGAGAUUAUACAAAAUAUAACAUUAAAAACUCAUGGGAAAUUAAUACAAUAUCGGGAUAUAUGCACUCUUAUGCACAAAAAAUGCUUUGAAAAUCCAAUUAUCGAGGUGAUAUCAGAAGUGGGAAUAGAUUCUAUAAUUCAAAAGAGAAAAAAAAUUAAGUAUCCUUUAGAUAUCGAUUUCUUGUCUUUCACUUAUAAAGCCUAUUUUAUGAAUUUAGGGGGUGUUACUGAGGAUAAUCACAACUUUGUGGACAGAGUAAACGCCAUUACGAUAAUAUACUUGACCGAUGAUAAAAAUGAAAUAAAAAAAAAUUUGUUUGAUAAAUGGUCCAAUCAUGUUUAUGACACGAUUCAACAAUAUCAUUUCACAUAUAUCAACGUCGUUCCAAAUUCUCCAUUAGCUACAAAAAAAGGAUUUCAGACUGAAUUUCAAAAAACAAAACCUAAAAUAGGAGGUUUGGUGGCAUUUAUGAUUGCACUUUCGACAUUUCUCAAUAUGAGUAAUAAAUGGGUGAGAAGCAAACCUCUUCUUGGAUUAGCAAGUGUGAUCAACGCUGGUUUGGCUGUUGUAUCCUCUUUUGGAUUAAUGGCUGCAUCGGGUGUAGAAAGCACUUACUGGAACGUUACCAUUCCAUUUUUAGUCCUUGUGACCGAGAUAGACGAUGCAUUCGUCUUAAUAGGAUGUUGGAGGAUCAGUAAUCCUAAAUAUUCAGUUGAGAGACGCAUGGAAGAAACAUAUAGUGAAGCGGGAGUUUCCAUUACCUUAACUUCACUCACUAAUUUUUUUUCGUAUUGCAUCGGGAUGAUGGCUCCUUUCCCAUUCAUUCGAAUAUUCAGUUAUUACACUGCAACUUGCAUAAUGUUUAAUUUUGUAUACCAGAUAACGUUUUUUGGAGGAUGUUUGGCGUUGAGUGGAUACAGAGAGAAGGGGAAUCUUCGUUCUGGAAAAUUUGUUAGAUGUGAACAAAAUGAUGAUUAUCUUGAAAAAAAUAAAAACACAGAAGAAGAAUUUACUAUGGCAAUUUUUAGAGAUUUAUUAGGAAAAACGCUAUCCAAUACCUCAGUGAAGUUGAUUAUUAUUAUAAUUUACACAAUUAAUUUAUCGUUUGGAAUAUGGGGUACAUUUCACAUCGAACAUGGUAUUAAAUAUGAGAGUCUAUUUCCAAAAGAUUCUCUUAUUACACGAGGUUUUCGAAUUAAUUACAACUACUUUACCCGUUACUCCUAUCCUUUUCAGAUAAUUAUUAAUGAAACGUUGGAUUACUCAGAUAUAAAAGUACAAAUGUCGAUAGAAACUGUGUUGACUAAAUUCGAGAAUCAUCCAAAUAUUGCUGGAAAAGAAUUUACUGUGUCUUGGUUGAAAUUCUACAAAGAAUUUCAGAAAAGUCCGGUAGCAAAAUUUUCAUUGCAAGGUUACAAUAUGUCAAACAAGCAAGACUUUAUCGAUGGACUUCGCGAUGUGUUCUUUAAUAUCCGAGCAGCCCAGUCUCUCUCGAAUGAUGUCGUUUUUAACAGUAACAAUACCGACAUCUUAUACAGUAGGUUUUUUAUUAUGGGAAAGAAUUUGAAUUCUUCACACUCAGAAAGAGAGACAUUAAAAGAUUUAUUGAAAAUUGCCGAUGAAUCCGACAUUCCUGUACUAGUGCAUUGUGUUAAGUCAGGUAUGAUUGAACAAGGAAUCAUCAUUGGACAAAUGAUUAAACAAUUAUUUUGGAUUACUGCUGUGCUAAUAACAGUAAUAUUUCUAUUGUUUGUACCGAAUUUAUUAAUCGCAAUUAUUGUUGCAAUAUCUGUCGUAUCUGCAAUGAUAGAAACUUUAGGUUAUAUGUCUUUAUGGGGAGUCAACUUGGAUAUUAUAUCAAUGAUCAGCCUUAUUCUGUGUGUGGGAUUCAGCGUGAAUUAUCCUACUCAUGUUUCGUAUGCUUAUGUCAUGUCAGCAAGCAAAACACCAAACGAAAAAUUAAAAGAUUCUCUAUAUCGUAUAGGCUUUCCAAUACUCCAAGGAUCAUUGACCACGGGAUUAGGAAUAUUGAUUUUAUAUUCUGAUGUAUAUUUUCUUUGUAUAUUUGCAAAAAUUGUAAUUCUUAUUGCAAUGGAAACAGCUUUUCAUGCGUUAUUCUUCAUUCCCGUUGUCCUUUCUGUCAUUUAUGCUAUUUUUGAAAAAAUAAAUUUUCUUGUUGAAUAGGAAAUGAUUAUUUCAUUGGUGUUAACAUUUUAUCGUAAUUUUCAUGUUACUUAAGAUUUUGACAUCGACGAAUAAAUAUUUUGAUGACUUUGACUUUGAAAACGUAUUGUAGGUGUACAAUAUUUAAAUUUAUCGAUUAUGUUUGUUAUAUUAAUGAUAAAAAUCUAUUAUUAUUAAGUAUUGUA